UUACUUAUUAUCUUUAAAAGAUAACGGAGAAGAGAAACUCGAGGAAUUCCGUCUGCAUUUCCACUUGUUUAAGACAAAACUAGUGCUCGUUCGCCGAUCGUUAUCUCGCGAAGAGUUAAAUCAUCGCUUGUCUUAUUACGUGCUGGUAUGUCACUUUUGGUUUAGCCUCACUGCGUCGCACGACGCAUCGAUCUGUUGUACUAUACCGUAGCAUCUCUCAGCCCUUAAUGUAAUUUUCAGAUCGACAACAUAGUACGAGUUUGUUUUACCGAUAAUACGACGCGUCGAGCGUAUUUGCUUCUCGCUAAUGUAACAUUGCUUCAAUUUUCUUUUCAUUCGAUCCAAGCCAUUGCGAGAUAAGUCUCUCAUAUAAGUUUCUUAGAUCGUAAGUUUUACAUGGCGUUACACGAGCAAAGAAAGGAGAAAAUGUGUGUUAACAUUAUACGCUUUAAUUCGAUGUAAAACGUUUCGUAUGCGUCUGUUAUAGCCGUGCCGAUUCUACUUACAACGAUCUUCGUCUCGAAGAUAUCGCUUCGUAUUUAAAUACAGUAUCUUUUUUUUUUGCCGUUAUUCACAUGAUCGAAGUGAAAUUCGCUUCCUGAUAAUUCGCCUGGAGGCGAACGUCGCGUCAAAGAGGCUCGUUGCCAUCUUCCGUCGUGACUUUGUUCUUUCUGAAAAAUCAUGGCGAUUCCCACGUAAAUCGAAGAUCGGGUAUCGGCCAACGAACGGCGAACCGGCAGUCCGGUUUUUAGAGAUGAAACUAUUGGCGGUGCUUGGCGCGCUCGUGAUACAGUGCGCCGCGACAAAAUCAUGGAACAGCGAUAAUUAUUCAGAGGAGACGUUCUUCGUGUUUGCCUGGAUCGGUUACCUGAAACGUUUCUCUCUGAUUGUGCUGAUGCUGUCUGGUGUAGUUCUCUACUAUAUCCCGGAAUCGCGACCGCACGCGCGCCGAAUCUGCUACGCGUUGAUCGAUCUCACGGCGAAUUGUUUGAAAUCCGCUUUGAGUGCCCGGGAGAGUGAGUUCUUGUACGAGAAAAUGAAAUCCAAGUGCCAUCGCGGCCGAUACGAGCCAUCGUCGGACAUGGAAAAGUAUCUUUCGCAAGAAAUUCAAGAUGACGACGAGACUUUCGAACGAUUCCAAAGAAAUUACGCUAAGAAGUCGAAAAUCUUCAUCGACGCGGACGAUGUAUUAGGAAACAAGGAUAAGAAAAAAGGGAGCAAACUGUAUAAAGAUAAUCGACUAUCGCGUCAACGUUUUCGUAACGCGAUUAAACACGAGCCAUCUAUGGAAAUCGCAAAACCUGUCUACUUUUACUCCGACAAGAUGAACGAUGGCCAAAAAUACCUGAAAACAAAGGUGUCUGGUUCGAAACACUCUAACGGGUCAGCAAUGGAGAACUACGCGCUUUUAAUCAGCGGCAGUCCGCAGCAACUGGCAAUGUUCGAUGAAAAAUACGAAAAGGACGACAUGGUGAUCGUCGAAGAUCCUUACGUGAGAGUGGAUUACAAGGAAUGUGGUACAUCCACCGAUAAACUAUCGUCGAAAGCGGAAGCUUCGAGUUCAGAACAAGAGGGACCUACCAGAGAUCAUAACGAGCAGGAGAUAGAAACGUACGUGAAAGAAGCUGAAUUUAAUUCGACGUCGGAAGGAAAUGGUUCACGGUACUCUGUUGAUAAAUCGUUGUAUCGAACAAGCCAAUAUCAGUGCGGCGGUGAGUGUUGCGGGAGCAAUGGGUGCUCCAUAUCGUCAGCAAACUUGAGUAACAGAGCAAACGUUACAUCCAACUCGUCGGUUGAUGCAAAGAAUGCUUUAAAGUAAAUGACACACCGUACGACGUGACAAAUGUUCAUGAGAAUAUCGUAAUUCCAUAAAGCAUCGUUUAAGAUCGUCUCGAAGCAUGGUGACUCCGAAACUGCAGAAAAAGAUCGAGGACAGCACGGAACACUUGUAUACGGUCGAUUAUACGAACUAUAAUUACG